AUGGCUGCGGUUGACGAGUUCAACAGCUGGCUAAGCUCUAAGCUGAAGGCAUCGAAAGCGGAUGUCAGCGUGUUCGGAUCCUACAUUACCGGCAUCCUUGAAGGCGAUGAAAAUAACGAAGAAAAAGUGGAGGCGUUGGAGGGAAUCCUGGGUGCGAUCAUUGAAACAGACUUGGAACCGUUCAUCAAAGAGAUACUUGAUAAAUGGAACAUAUGCCACAGUCGAGAUCUUGCCGGUGAUCCCAAACCAAAGCUGGACGUUGAAGUACAACUAGCCAAACUACUGGAAGGACAGAAAUUAGCCACAAAGGUAGAACGGGAAUACACCGAUGAGGAACGACGUAUCAAGGAACAAAUUCUAUCUCAAUACAGUCAGCUUUCCGAAAGCGAACAUGAUGAAGAUGACGAGGAAGGUGCUGCUAGUUCCGAUCCGAAAUUAGUAAAAAACACAAACUUUUCCGACGUUCAAGCUUUAGCACGAGAGAAACGAGAGCAAGCUAAGCUGGAAAGCCAGCUGAAAAAAGAAAAGGAUAAGCAGGACAGAGAAAAGCAACGACAACUUCGUGAAGAAAAAAAGGAAAAACGGAAGACCGUGAAAGGAGAACGGCGUCGGUAGCGUCCUUACAAUGAUAAAAGGAUUCUGCAUGAAUCCUUUCGUCUUUACCACGAAUUUGCCCGUCUCUUCGCAUGGCAACUCUGGAAUCCUUCCAGCUACGAACUUACAUACGAGGUUCGAUGAUAUACUAGCCAACCGAACCACGAGCCACUUACAAUCAGUCCUACCAACCAACGCAUAGCUAAGCGAUGCAAGUAAAGCAGCGAUUGUACGAAUUUGAAUAAUUUGUCGAAUGUGAAUUUGCUCAACUAAGAAAGUAAAAUAUACGGAAUAUAUCCUUUACUUUUA